AUGAAAGACACAGAAGCUUUUCCAGGCAGAGCAAUCCUGUGGGGUUUGGGAGGAGGUGGAGAGUCCAUGGCAGAGAAAUCAAUGCUCUGCUGGGCUCGCAGUAGCCUGAGCAGAGAAGGCUGUCUUUACCCUUUCCCUCUCUUUUUGUACUUUCAUCUUCUCUUCCUCUGCUUUUUAUUGAAGGCUUUAGAUGCUGUGUCUCCACAGCUUCUAUGUGCUGAUGGUGCCCUUUCCCACCCAAGAAUAUCUGGUUUUAUCCCAGGCAUCCCCAAACUCGACCCUCCAGCUGUUUUGGGGACUACAAUUCCCAUCAUCCCUGACCAUUGGUCCUGUUAG